AUGAUCGCACACAAACCACAUAGGUCUUUCCAUGUCGAUGUCGACGCUGUCCGAUCGUGCACGUCGACUUCAACACCAAAUUUCACAACAGACUCUCCACUGGUUAAAACAGGAUCCACUGAUGAGUUACUUCGACAACUUUUCUUUUCAACCCCUUCACCUCUUUUAAACGCGUAUUGUGAUGGUUUACUCCGACAAUUACCCAAUCCAAAUCACAUCAUCUCCUUAAUGACAUUUUACUCUUCAAGAGGAAAAUAUGUCGAUUUGAUCACAAUGACUGCAAGUCGAGAAAUAGACACCACCAAAGGCACACAAUUGUUUCGAGGCAAUGGUGCUUUCAUUAAACUCUAUUCGGCAAUGACUGCUUUAGAAGGAUCUAAAAUCAAAAAGGCGACUACCCUAGCUUUGGUGGAUUAUAUGAAAGAAGCUGAACUGGACAAGAAGCUUGCAGGAACACCAGAGGAGGUCAAAUCGGUUUGUGAGUCCCUCUUCGACAUCUUUGUCACAUUGAUCUCCAAACACUACAACGAACUCUCCGAUUGUCAUAAAGUGGUUCUCCGCACUAUUUAUCUCGAGGUGUAUUCAAAACUUGGUGAACAACAGGCAAAGAACGGAUUUUACACACUACUCUUCCUCAGGUUCCUCUUCAUCCCAUUUCUGCAGUACCCCCCAGUGCUCAAGUUUUUCCAGAGCGCAGUCGUGCAGUGCCAGAACCCAAAUUUGGACAAAAACAAUCGCAUUUAUCAGCUCAAAUUUGCGAUCGACAAUAUCGUCGACAAGGUCGUGAGUUCUCCUUAUUCCAUUUACACCUCUUCUAUUAACUUGAAACUCCAAGAGAAGAGUUUAACACAGAUGUGUGAUGUGAUUAAAGCCGAGAUGAAAGUCAUAGCGAAGAUUUAUGAUGGGGAUUUCGGGGUAGUGUUCCAAGCUGUUAAAUCGAAGAAGGAGGGGAGUAUUAACAUCGAUUUUGCGUCACAAGAGUUACGAUGUUGGAGGGAAAAUAAGAUCGAAAAUGCAAUUCGACUCAACUUGGACUUGAAAGCAGAGAUCGAGAAGGUCGUGAGACUUAACGAACAACUCAAAGUGAAAAUUGGAAAGGUUAAGAGUUUGAUUUGA